AUGCAGAGCCGUCUAAUCCCUGACUCAGCUAUAACAGCUUCCUCCGAGCGAAUUAAUUAUCUGCGAGCUUCCCGAGCCAGACUGCACAUGCGUUCUUUUUACCCAUGGCUGCCAGCUGGUUGGUCAGCGGCUGUCUCAGACCACAAACAGUGGCUUGAAAUUAACCUUGAAUUGAAGACAAUAGUGACGGGGAUUGGUACCCAGGGACUAAGUAGCAGAUGGUCACCUGAUCAAUGGGUUACUAGUUACCAGGUCUCACACAGGGACAAAGCAGAUGAAAAAUGGGUCCACUAUCAGCAACAAGGACACAUAAAGGUAUUUAUUAAAAGUGGUCAAACAGUCUCUUCGAUAGGUUGAUGUGACAAAAAAUCAGUGGCUAGAAAGAGAGAAUUAAUAGCCCUUGGUGGUGGCGUCAUUACUGACCUAGUACUUGCCAUUAAUGGAAAUGAGACGGGGGGAGGGGUGGGUUUAGACGGCUUUGGUUACAAGUUAUCGUUCACCUUCAUUUCGCUUUAUGUCGUGCUACGCACGCGUAGGGAAUGCUUUUUUCAGUUUUGUCUUUAUGAUCGGAGCUUACAAACGUGGAGCUUUCAGCGCUUUGAAGAGGGUUGGGAACUUAAGUGAGAGAAAAUCUAAAAAACUAAUACAACUCUGAUCUAAUUUCUUUCUUCAGACAUUAGUAGGCAAUAAGGAUGCUGAGAGUGUUGUUAUAAACCAGGUGGAGCCCUCCUUUGAAGCUGUUUGUGUCCGACUUCAUCCGCAGUCGUGGCAUCGCUGGAUUUCAAUGAGAGUGGAGCUGUUUGGAUGUCCAGGUAACAAAAAUUACUCUACCAGCUAUAUUUUCCAAUCAUCAGUCUCCUUCCGCUCGUGUUAAGUCAAAAAGCUUCAGUUUAAGAAUAUUUUUAUGCGUUGUGCCACCAAAAACCGCGUUGGGCUACAUUUUUGCCGGGGUGUCUCAAAAAGUAGAAGAUGUUAAUCGGAAGGUGGCACAUAAACGUAAGUUCGUUUAAGAAAAAAAAGACUCCCUAAAGGCUCAGAUAGAAAAAGAUGGAAGAAAAAGAAUAGGAACUAGAGUAAGACAGGAGAACCAAAAGAUGAAGGUAAAUCAUUUUUUCCUAAGGGGGGCUAAGUUUCUAAAGAAACUCUGGUGCUGCGGUGUUGGGGGUAUAACAAAAUAAUUUGGUUUCAUCAAUUGGAUUGAUAAUAUCAAUUGGCCUCUUAAAAAAGUUUUUCUAUACCUAAAAUCCACAAACCGGACGACCCAUUUUCUCUAACAGUAGUUACCCUACUAAAACUACAGAGAUUCAGAGAAAAUUCUCCUGCGUGGAAAGUGAAAUUGUUUCCUUGUGCCUUAAUGGAGAGAGGGUGAAGUCAUUACCAAAUCAAUUUGAGACUCACAUGAAGUUAUUUUAAUGAAAACGUUAUAUCUCGUCUAGUCUCUUCGUGUUUUAUGACUCUUGGCUUGCGAGACAUGCGCAUACCAGACAUGGCUUUCUCGUCGUCGUCCAUUUUGACUCAAGCUAAUGCUCCAUCUCGUGCCCGACUCCACCUACAAAUUGGAAAAUUUCAGGCGGCAGGCUGGGCACCAGCACGUGGUGACAACACACCCUGGCUACAAGUGGAUCUGGGGAAUAGGAUGAUCAUAGCCGGAAUUGGAACCCAGGGUGGGCACUACUUUUGGUGGUCAACUGGAGGCUGGAUUCAAAAGUUCAAGGUGUCUUUUAAGAGCGAUGGAGAAGAAUGGCAGAUAUAUGGCCAGAACACGUCAGAGGAAGUAGGAAAAUAAAAUUUUACAGUACUUCUUUUGCUUUUAGAAAAGCAUGUGGUCACCGAUACAGGCCAUACUAAGCCCGCGAUAAAAUUUUUUCUGUUAAGGAUCUUUUGAGGCAGCAUAUCCCGCUGAUAUGGUCAGCGUGAAAUAGUCUUCAAGUGUCCUGACUUCCCUGGUGUCCUUCAUUAAUCAAAAUCAGACAAGUUUACAAGUUGCAAUUUUUCGCUUAGGGCCACUACAAGCGGUCGCUUGACGCCACAACUACAACACGACUUGUGUUUUUUCAAUCCUGUAAAUUGCUCCGUAAAUUUUCCCAAUUUUUUGUUUUCGUUUUUCGUUUUUAUUACAUCUCUUACUGUCCUCUCUUAAAUAUUACAGGAGCUGGUUGGUAAUAGCAAUAUAAACUUAGUGGUGAUCAACAAGCUCUCUCAGCCAUUUGUAGCUCGCCUAGUUCGCAUCCAUCCCAUCGUGCAGACGACAUAUGGUUACUUAAGACUGGAGUUGUACGGCUGUCCAGGUAUUGAAAUAUCGGAACAUCCAUUAGAAGGACAAUUACUCUGGACAUGUAGACAUAUUUUCUAAUCCACGGCCAAAUUAUCUGGUGUUGCGCUCUGUAAAGGAGGUUAGAAAUCUGCAAAAAAUAAUAAAAAAACUAAAAACAUAAUGGCGGGGGUUUGGUACGGAGUGAAAUCGCUUUCCUUAUUCCGCUGCGUUUUGCCCAGGCCGCCCCACCUUUGGGCUCGUUCUCAUUAACUGAGUGCCUGCAACAGGCUAUAGGUAUUGUGUUUCGAGACCACGAGGUUACAGUUAAAAUCCUUUUGAGGUUCUAAGUUGAGCGAAAUUAGGAUUUGCGUAGUUUUUUGCGCAGAUAUAUGUACCCCUCUUGACUGCUUUACCUCGCUCUAUGAUUGGUUCAGAAAACUUGCUCUACUCUCUCAACCAAUCAGGUGAAAAGUUAAACCUAAUCACGACUUGGUCGCGCGCGUUUUCCCGCGCUUUAGGUAGUUGGGUAUUUUCCUCUCUUCUGAUUGGCCUUUUUAAUAAUUUGGUUUGGUUUUAUGACGUUCAAUCGAGGAGCGCUAUAUCACAAUUCUAAUCAAGGAUUCUUUUUACUCUCACACUCUUGUCAGUGGUUUAUGUAAUCUUGGAGUAAUUCUUCAUUCCAAGAGAGCAAAUUAAUUUUAUUUCCUCUUCUUUUUGCAGAUAAUAACAACUGCGAUAGUUCUCCGUGUUGGAACAAUGCCACGUGUAAAAAUCAUCUCAGUAGUUUUAGCUGUAUGUGUCUUCCCGGAUUUACGGGAGAGACUUGCGAAACGGGUGAGUGGAAAAUUGUGAUUAAGGCGUUCUUGACACUCAAUCAAAGUCCGCUCUGGGUUCCAGUUCUCUGUGCAAAAAAAAAGCGGCACUCAGUGGGUAUAAAUGUAAAUUGGCCACAACAGAGAAUUUAUAGUAAUACUUGCGAUUCGCAAGUUUUUGCCCAAACAUUUAACGUUUUAGGACCUUUUUUGCGACGCACAACGAAAAAACAGAUAAGUAAGCAGAGGAAUGAGAGUUGGGGCGCUUGCUUUUAUCUUUUUUUGGCGCGAAAAUCCAUGAAUACAAAUUAUCUAAUCAUAUGCAAAUGAAACAUUUAAAGCAUGGACUUUGCAUGAACAUCUUCCCGAGGUUAUUACCUUUAUAAAUUAGUACACUACCAACUAACUUGAAAAAGGCGUCAGCUAAGUUGCUCAUCUGUUAAAAGUUCAGAGUAGUAUUUAAAGUUUUAAGGGGUAUUCUAACGUUAAAGAUUUAAAAAGGAUAUAGUUGUAACCCUGGAUAUGUGAGAGCGAUGAUAUGUAGCCUACGGAGGAGGCGUAGUUCUUUCGUCAAAUGCAACGGUAGGAGCGCCUUUUUUUCACGCUCACCCCCUCGCGCUCGAUUUAAGUUUGCCUCUGUUUGCCUAGAAAACGCCAAAAAAAUACGCCUGUUCUGUAAGCUGUAAUUAUUUGAUCAAAUGCUCAAACCAGCCAAUUAUUAACCUGUCGGUUAUGAGCACUCUACAAAAUCAAGACCAUAAAUCAACACAAACCUAACAAGCGCUUGUUUUGCUUGCGAUAGAUAUCGACGACUGUUCCAGUUCUCCUUGCCAAAACGGGGGAUCAUGUGUCGAUCACGUGAACAACUUCAGUUGUGUGUGCUCUCAGGGAUUCACAGGACUUAAGUGCGAAUCAGGUUAUAACGAAUCAUUUCUCUUGACCUUCCUCUCUUUUACUAUGGCGUUUCGUGUGAUAAGUUGGCUUAUAGUAAGAGUUCAAACCACAGAAAACUAGGUCCUAUCAGAGAGAAUAUAGUUUUAGCUGGGGCGAAAAAAUAAGCACGGUUAAGUUUCCGUUCACGAUCCUAAGCAUGACUUUAUCAACUGAGUUGAUAAUGUAAAUUGGCUACCGUGGACAUUCCUAAAGCUGACGAGCUAAUGCGAGUCAUCUUUGGAAACUCUCCUCGGUGGCAAGUUGCAUUAUCUACUCAGUUCAUAAAACAAGACCCAACCGCCCCGCCCCCCCACCCCCACCCCCACUCCCACCGACACAGCAUCCCCUUUUUCUUUAUAAACUUACCCCCUUCAUCCUCGCCUCUCAGUCUUAACCAUUUUCAUAAAUUAGACAAACAUGCCUUCAAGAAAGAUGGUCGAUUUGUUGCAACUUGUUUCAGUUUUAAUUUUUCUCCAUCAUUCAAGGUAAAUGAAACUAACUUGAAAUUCGCUCUGACGAAAGGCUGACGCUCGAAACGUCAGCUUUGAAACUCUUUACGGUGGCAAUUUGAACUAUCGACUCCGUUGAUAAAACCAACUUAUCAUGUAAGACCCCGCCCCGGACACAGCAUCACAAGUUUCUUUAGAAACUUACCCCUUUUAUUAACUUGAAAUUCGUUUCUUUACCUUUAUGAAAAAACUCUUUAAAGCUUCAAAAGCCUCAUAUUUUAAAGACACAUUGACAAGGCUUCAGUCUAAAGCUUAGUUAACUAUAGUCAUUUUUCACGUCUCACGUCUCACGUUUCAUGUCUCACGUCUCACGUUUCACGUCUUGUGUUCUCAGUUCUCAAACCAAGCUGCACCUGUGGUCGACGCACCACCCGACGUAUCGUGGGCGGUAAAAGGGCGUUACCAGGGGAGUGGCCAUGGCAAGCCGGUCUUAUGGUCAAGAAUACGAAGCAGAUUUACUGCGGCGGAGCUUUGAUUAACCAAGAAUGGAUCGUGACAGGUGCACAUUGCGUGACAUACAGAAAUGCCUCAACGUUGAUGGUCGUGCUCGGAGAAUACGAUGUUACAAGGAAGGAAGGUAUUGAACUCUUCCGGGAGGUUGAUGGAUAUCAGUUGCAUCCGGACUACCACUUAUUAACAGCAGACUUUGACAUUGCCCUUGUUCGCUUUAAACCAGCUCUAAGCCAGUUCAGCAGGUUUAUAUCGCCCGUUUGCUUGCCAACAGCUAACGAAAGUUUCCCGGCAGGAACCAACUGCACUGUCACUGGUUUUGGUCGGCUUACUGAAGCUGGUCGCCAAGCAACAACUCUACAACAGGCCGUGUUACCAAUUGUAUCACGGGACACUUGUCAAGCUGCCUACCCAGAAUACAAUAUCACGCCCAGGAUGACGUGCGCAGGAUAUGUUGCUGGGGGUAUAGAUGCCUGUCAGGGGGAUAGUGGGGGACCAUUGGUGUGUCGUAAGGAUAAGAUACACUGGUACCUGGCUGGUGUCGUAAGCUGGGGUCUGGGAUGUGCCAAGCCUGAAUCAUAUGGGAUUUAUGCUAAUGUACCAGUGUUAGCAUCAUGGGUGAGGUCUGCAUUAAUCAAUUCCACUAUUUGUUCACCUUGACAUUGCAAAAUUCAUUUCUGAUAUCAUUAGCAAGAUCUAUCACUAGUAAAGAAAUUUUUGUAACUCCAAACUGUUACUGUACACAAUUUUGGGGGUUCAAAUAUCAAUAUUUGUUGUCCAUAUUCUUAAACUUCUGAAAUGAAAAUUAUUAGUUUUAUUAUUUCAGUUAUUGAGAAUAACUAUCUUUUAUCUCGCUCUGCACAACUGCACAGUUAUUGUACCAAAGCACUGAUUUCAAAAUUUGUUGCCUCUUAUGAUCCCUUAAAAUUCAGUUGCUAUCAUUUGCUCUAACAAAUAUACUAUAACAAUAUUUAUUUCCCUUUGGGAAAGUUCCUACUUUGCCUCUCGUUAGACAAAUCUCUUAAAAUACCUUGGAGUCUGGACCUUCAUCUCCUCUAAUCCUUCAAUUUGAGAUUCCAAAGAAUAACCUUACUGUUUAAACAUUGUCUUCAAAUAGGCUAUAAAAAAGAUAGAAUGCUGCCGUGAUGAAAGGACUUUUAAUUAGUGACCCCAAUGGGUGAAUAACAAACAGCUGCUGCUGUUGCUAUUGCAAGUUUAAAAAGUAAAUUACCUAAGUUAUACAUGGAUUUUAAGCACUUCAUAAAUUUCAAACAGAUCAUCAACAGUUGGAAAAAAAGGAGUUAUUUUUUCAACUAAGUCAGGCAGCUGAAUUACUAAGCAAGAAUCACAAUGGCAGUGUCUAUUGUCAACUUUUAAGCUUCCUUGAAGAGAACUUGUGAGAGCUAGGUGACUAUUUGGAAUAUUUUAAUACAGUCAGUAGUGCAAAAAUAAAUUAGUUUUUUUGCUGGCACAAACCCCCUUACUUCAUACUUUUUAAAAGUGAUAAGCAUGGAAUUUGGCUGACAUCAGUUUAGCAGAGGAAUCUCAAUCUUGUAUACACAGCUAAGAAUUUCCAAUGGCUUCAUUCUAAAUAAUUAUGUAAUAAAAUCAAUUUUCAGAUGCUCAACAAUAAAAUGUGUUACUGAUUAAGAGCCUAUACAAUACCAGUGGAUGAAAAAAAUUCAAAAGAAACCUAAAGUGAAAAAUGUGCACUGUUUUCAUGAAAAAUUAAAUUCAAAUGUCACAUUUUGCUAAAAUACUUCAACCAUUGGCAAAAUUGUCAGUCUUUCUGAAAAUAACGCUAUUUUGUUUUGAAGCAACAUAUUUGCGUAUUUACAAACUAGUCCACAAUAUGGUCUGUUCAGACCCAUAGAGUAAUCACCCUAUCAACUAGGGCUUUAGUGACUAGCCUGUGUUCUUGCAAAAAAACAAAGAUUGCAAUUCUGAGAAAGGGUGGAAUUAACACCCUAGUGGGAUUGUCAGCCCUUUGUGACUAAUGUUUAUUAAGAAGUUAGGAAAAGUAUCCAUUAAUUUCAUAAUUAUCCGAUAGGGUCUAACAAUUUCUAAUGGUUAUCCAAAGGGUGAUGUCACUAGUCAUGUGACUGUGUCAUGCCAGAUUGUCACGUAGGUCAUGCAGAGUUAUUUUGAUGGAGGAAAGAAAAGAAAACUUCAUGUUAUCAGACCCUGUUGGUUAACUAUGAAAUUAAUUCAUAUUCAUCCCAACAAUAUACCCACACUACAUGUGUUUACUCCCAUUACCCCCUAACUAGAUUGGGUUUGCUCCUUCUACCCUACAUCCCACACCAUAGGCUCUGUUCAUCCCAUCCCAUCUGCAAGGACACAGAAAGAGCUCUAAGGGAUAUUGUCUCUCAUCAACACAUACAACAAAUACUAACAGGAUUAUGCAAUUACAUGCACUUAAGGCUAAAUAGCCCUGAUCACUUUUUCAUACUUUCUUCAGAUAAAUGUCAACUACUGUCUCAUGACAUUCUCGUAA